AUGCUAAAGGACAUUAAUGAUUCAGAAUUAUCUUUUGGUGAAAAAGUUAUCAUAUUUGGUGGAGAUUUUCGUCAGAUUCUAUUUGUGGUCCCAAAAGGAACAAGACAACAACAGAUUGAUACUAGUUUAGUUUCUUCCUACUUAUGGCCAAAAUUGACAAAAAUUCAUUUGAUUGAAAAUAUGAGUGCAAGAUUAGAUCCAGAGUUUUCAAAAUACAUAUUGGAUUUAGGGAAUGGGUUACCACCAAUCACAAUUAAUGAACACGUCAGAAUUCCUGCAGUCAUGUUAAUUCCAUAUAAAAAUGAUGCUGCUUCUUUGGAUCAUUUGGUGGAUACUGUUUUUCAUAAUAUUUCUGAUUAUUCAGCAAAUAUUUCAAGCAUGAUGAAUCGAGCUAUAUUGACACCAAAAAAUAGUUAUAUUGAUGAAAUAAACACUUUGCUGAUUCAGAGAUUUCCUGGAGAGUUAAAACAAUAUUACAGUUUUGAUGAAACAAUCGACGCAUCUGAACAAGCAGUCAUGGAAGAUUUCUUACACACUUUAACACCGAAUGGACUUCCUCCACAUGAAUUAUUGUUGAAACAAAACUAUCCAAUCAUGUUAUUGAGAAACAUCAAUCAUUCAGAAGGACUAUGCAAUGGAACACGACUAAUUUGUCGCAAUUUUGAUCGUAACGUUAUUCAUGCAGAAAUUGCAGUUGGUCAUCACAGUGGCAAAAAGGUUUUUAUUCCAAGAAUUCCAUUUUUACCAAAUCUUGAUGAAAACAGUGGUUUCCCAUUCAAACGAACUCAAUUCCCUGUUAAACUAAGCUUUGCAAUGAGUAUAAACAAGUCACAAGGACAGACAUUAGAUUUUGUUGGGAUAUACUUGUCACAUCCAGUUUUCUCACAUGGACAAUUAUAUGUACUUUUAUCAAGAGCUAAGACUAUUUCUACAAUCAAGAUUUUGAUACGACCAAUCUCAACUGAUGAGUCAGAAAAAAACUGCACAAAAAAUAUUAUCUACACAGACUUAUUAACAUUGGCCUCCUCUGAUUGA